GACCUUUGUAUGUUACAGAAAAAGAGCUGCUUAAAAUAUGCUUACUGUACUUCAGGACUCUAACCACAUCUCUACCAAGACUGUUGCAGUAAAGGCUUCUGGUUGCAGGUCCGUGCCGUGGUCAGUGCCCAGCUGGACGUCCACUUAGCCUGCCUCUCUGGUUCUUCUAAAGUUUGCUGGGCCCAAAGGCCAGUGAGUGGAUUACUGCAGGACACCCAGACCGUGAGCCAGACGGGCCCUUUAAAAUCUCACCAAGUUGCUGAGUCACCACAGCUGGGCUUGGACUUAGGCUCUUCCUGCCUCACCUUCCACAGUAUGGAGCUGCAGAUUGAAUCCAGAACAUACCGAAAAUCAGAUAGAGCAAAUCCAAAAGAAAGCCCACAACUAGAUAAAUCACAGUGCAAUUGGGCAGCAACGAAGAUAAAAGAAGUUCUUUAAGGAGAUAUAUUACCAUGAAAGGCGACAAACUGACAAUACGCGUCUCGACAGCAGCGACGGAAGCCAAGAGACUGUGGAGUGACAUAGACAGUGUGCAAAGGGAAAAGUUAUUUUCACUCUAAAGCUCCACGCUUCGGGAAAAAGGUAUCUUUUCUGCAUGAAGCCAGAAUGAUGACAUUUUCAGGCCAUCGGAAAAGAGAAACGAGUUUUGUUUCUGCUGCCCUUGUUGUUUUUUAUGGUCCAGCGGUGAGACCCAGAGACGAAUUGUUCAGAGGGUGGAAUAUAAUAAUGUAAAGGUGACGAAGACCAAGCUAAGAAUGCAUCUGAUGAGUGGUAUGAUGAAGAAGCCUGCUUUGGCAGUUGAAUUAUUAGUUCCAGUCAUUUUCUCACUGUGUUGUCGUAGUGCUGUGCAUCUACAUCUCUACCACAGCUUCAAGUGCCAAGCUGGGGACCAACCUUUUAAUACCUGAGCCUUUGGAUGACAUUCGGGGUCCAAACUGUGACACCCACCCGUGACUUUGGGCUUGGUCACAGGACUUGAAGUGGUCAAUGGAACGUCAGUGGAUGUGAUGCUCUCAGAGACUCGGGUGUCUGUGGAAGCGACCCACAUGAUGAGAAUGUGCUGCGGGUAGCCAUUGCCCAAACCCUGUGGUCCAGAAGGAGAUGUGUUGGGCCAGAUCAUGUCCUGAAGCAGAGGACCAACACAGGCCAGCUGAACUGCAGUUGAAACCAAACACAGGAGCGUUGUGAUAUGUAUCAGUCAGCCUUUCUCUUACUGGGACAGAAUACCUACAUACAUAGCUUGAAAGAAGAGAGCUUUACUUUGGCUCAUGGUUUCAGAGACUUCCACCCAUGGUCAGCUGGCUCCAAAGCAGAAACAGCAUGGCAGAAAGGCAGAGGGGUACAAGACCCCCGACUCCAUGGCAGUCAGGAAGUUGAGAGGGUUGGGAUGAGACCUGUGCCCUCCAAAGCCCACCCCAGUGACAAACCUUCAACCAGUCCCACUUUCUAGUGGCCCAUUCAGCAAUGGACUCCAAUGGAUUAAUUCACUGAUGAGUAGCACUGCUCUUUUGCUCUGCCUUCUGGAUGGUCAAAACGCUCGAGUUUCCCCUUGGCCUUAUUUCUGCUAAGCAGCCUCGUUGAGUGAAUCCGGCCCCUUGCCGUGACUCUGGGAUCCCUGAAACACAUUCAAGUGGGGUGCUGCUCGGACCCAGGGGAUUAGCGGGACCAUGGGCGUGGCGCUGGCGAGACUGGCACAGUGGACCGCAGCCGGCUACGGCGCAGGGACCCUGGAGCUCACCCCGCUGAACGAAGUAUUACUGAAGGAGAUCCUUGUAUUUGUGGAGCAUUUUAUUUAUGAUCACCCCCAAGAAGCUAAAUUUGUUUUCGUAGAACCACUUGAGUGGAAAACCAAUUUGGAGCUCUCAGCAUUUGAAUCAGGUUAUAUUGUCAGCAAAACAACCGUCAGUUCAGAAGAAGUCGAUAAAGAUGGACAGCCCUUACUAUUUCUCUCUGUAUCGAAAAUUAAAGUGAGGAGCUUCGGGCAGCUGUCACAGCUGGUAUUUGCUGCCAAAGAUGCAAGGCUGACAGAAGCUCAAGCUUGUAUCGAAGCUAACAGAGACCCUGUAGUAAAAAUCCUGGGCUCAGAUUAUAGCACAAUGGAAGAAGACUCUGGUGCCUUAAAUAUUCUUCAUAAAAUCGCCAAGGGCGAUGAUCCUGAAAAUGAGAAGAAGAUGAAGAUUGCAAUACUGCUGAAGCAACUAGAUCUGCACCUUCUCAGUUGUACCCUAAGACAUAUUUCACUACAGAUACAUUUAAAUCCGGUGCCUGUUAAGAAAGAUAUAGAGCUUCUUAAGAGCUUCUCGGGAAAAGGAGAACAAACAGUCUUGGAAUCCAUUGAAUACACCUCAGAUUUCGAGUUCUCCAAUGGGUGCCGGGCCCCACCGUGGAGACAGGUGCGCGGGGAGAUGUGCUACCUGCUGGUGAAGCCGCACGACGCCGAGGCCCUGUGCGUCACCUGCAGCGUGCAGGGCGUGUUUCUGAACGGGGGCAAAACAGAUGAGGAGGAGCACAUUGAUUAUGAGAGGAAAGGUGAAGUUUAUAAAGAUCUUGUCACAUUUUUAAAAGAAAAAUCAGCGAAGUUUUCCGAAAACAUGUCUAAACAGGAGAUUAGAAUCAGUGAAGAGCAGCAAAAGAAUCAGACUGAUGAGGUACUUAAGAAGGAACAAACAGAUGUCGUCCAUAAAGCUAUGUCUGGUAUAGACAAGAGCAAACUGGAGAAGAACCCAGUUAACUUUGGGAAGAAUCAGAUGACCAGGAGAUUGGAGCCGAGCCUGAACUGGAGGAUCACUGUCAAUGGCAAAGACCGCAAAAGCUCAGUAAAGGACAGCCAAGAAGAAAAGCACGGAGGAAAACUUGAGAAGACCAGAGCAUCUAUCUCACCGGGAAGAACGCAGUUGUUGCGUAAGAGUGCUGACAAGGCUGAGGAGACUAUUAGUGAGAGUUCCUCAGAGAGUGAGGAAGAUGAAGAACCACCUGAUCAUCGCCAGGAAGCCAAUGCCGAUUUGCCAUCAGAAUAUUGGCAAAUUCAGAAGCUGGUAAAAUAUUUAAAGGGAGGAAAUCAGACCGCGACAGUGAUUGCACUGUGUUCCAUGCGCGAUUUCAACCUGGCUCAAGAGACCUGUCAGCUGGCCAUCAGGGAUGUGGGAGGCCUCGAAGUUCUAAUAAACUUACUUGAUACAGACGAAGUCAAGUGUAAGAUUGGCUCAUUAAAAAUCCUGAAGGAAAUCAGUCAUAAUCCUCAAAUCCGGCGUAAUAUUGUUGACCUUGGGGGCUUACCAAUUAUGGUGAAUAUCCUCAGUUCUCCCUACAAGACUCUGAAGUGUCUGGCAGCUGAGACCAUUGCAAAUGUCGCCAAGUUCAAGCGAGCCCGCCGGGUGGUGCGACAGCACGGGGGCAUCACCAGACUGGUGGCCCUGCUGGACUGUGCGCAGAAUUCAGCGGAGCCUGCUCAGUCGAGUGUCUAUGAGACCAGGGAUGUGGAAGUGGCCCGCUGCGGGGCGCUGGCCCUGUGGAGCUGCAGCAAGAGCUACUCCAACAAAGAGGCCAUUCGCAAGGCCGGGGGCAUCCCUCUGCUGGCGCGGUUGCUGAAGACUUCCCACGAGAACAUGCUGAUCCCCGUGGUGGGCACGCUGCAAGAGUGUGCAUCCGAGGAGAACUACCGAGCAGCAAUCAAAGCGGAGAGGAUCAUUGAAAACCUGGUGAAGAACCUGAACAGCCAGAAUGAGCAGCUGCAGGAGCACUGUGCCAUGGCCAUUUACCAGUGUGCUGAAGAUGAGGAAACCCGCGACCUGGUGAGGCUGCACGGAGGACUGAAGCCCCUGGCCAGUCUUCUCAACAACACCGACAAUAAAGAGCGCUUGGCCGCCGUCACGGGGGCGAUAUGGAAAUGCUCCAUCAGCAAGGAGAACGUGACCAAGUUCCGGGAAUACAGAGCCAUUGAGACGCUGGUGGGACUUCUGACCGACCAGCCCGAGGAGGUGCUUGUGAAUGUGGUCGGGGCUCUGGGGGAGUGCUGCCAAGACUACGAAAACCGAGUCAUCGUGCGGAAGUGCGGCGGCAUCCAGCCCCUCGUGAGCCUCCUGGUCGGGAUAAACCAAGCCCUCCUGGUGAACGUCACCAAAGCCGUGGGUGCUUGUGCGGUGGAGCCUGAAAGUAUGGUAAUAAUUGAUCGCUUAGAUGGAGUUCGCUUGUUGUGGUCCCUGCUGAAAAAUCCACACCCAGAUGUGAAGGCCAGCGCAGCGUGGGCCCUCUGUCCCUGCAUCCAAAAUGCAAAGGAUGCUGGAGAAAUGGUUCGUUCCUUUGUGGGUGGUCUGGAACUUGUUGUCAAUCUACUGAAAUCGGAUAACAAAGAGGUUCUAUCGAGUGUGUGUGCUGCUAUUACCAAUAUAGCAAAAGAUCAAGAAAACUUGGCUGUUAUUACGGAUCACGGAGUUGUACCUUUACUGUCCAAGCUGGCAAAUACAAAUAAUGACAAACUGAGGCGUCACCUGGCAGAGGCAAUCUCUCGUUGCUGUAUGUGGGGCAGAAACAGAGUGGCCUUCGGCGAGCACAAGGCAGUGGCUCCAUUAGUGCGUUACCUGAAGUCGAGUGACACCAAUGUGCAUCGCGCUACGGCACAGGCCUUGUUCCAGCUCUCGGAAGACCCAGACAACUGCAUCACCAUGCACGAGAACGGAGCCGUGAAGCUUCUCCUGGAUAUGGUGGGGUCCCCGGAUCAGGAGCUCCAGGAAGCCGCAGCUGGCUGCAUAUCCAACAUCCGCAGGCUGGCUCUUGCCACAGAAAAGGCAAGAUACAAUUGAAAUUUGAACGGAAAUGACAAGCCACCAAAUUUUACAUGACACAGGACAUUUACCCCCAUGGCCAGGAAGCCUAAACUGGGAAACAUUUAUUAGCAAAUACUUUAAAUAGUCUAAAUGAGAAUGCAUGGAUUAAAAAUGCAAAUGAAACUUUCAUCUGGAAACCACAUGGGUAUUUUUGUUCUAUGAUGUGCCACAUAAUUCAGCGUAAAGCCAAUGCAUUUGUGAUAAUGUUCUAAUAACUUGAGAAUAUCUGUGUACGGUGUAUGUAUAUAAAUGGUGCUUUUGUAUUUGUGAUGAUUUUAAUAAAGAAUAUGGCUCUCCCCGGGUGCAGUUUCCUAGCUGCACUGGACGUCUUUAGAAUCUCUUUCUGUUAAAGCUAUCGACUGGCGCUGUCAUUCUGCCUUUGUCUGUCUGAUCACUUGCAAGCCGCAGGAGAGUUCGGAGGAGAUGUGCUGAUUUCACAAACAGUCGUUACAUGGAAUUUAGAGUUAAGCAGCUGGACUUAGAGGGAUCAUCCUGAGGUCACCCCAGCUUCUCCAAAGUAGCACCAGACAUCUGAAAAGAUCAUGUAUAACUGCCCACCUACCGGACAGUGCUGAU